AAUACGCUUUCGGUCAUUGGCGCGUCUAUGGCGGCGUCCCGGCACCGACAGUUUGUUGUUUUCGUCCGAGACAGGUGAAGGGGAAUAUUAUUGUUGUGUCCGCGGUGGUGAUUGCGUAUUUUUCGUUUGGUGUUGGUGAUUUAUAAUAUUAAAACAAAAGUUUUUUUUUCACCGUUUUGUCGUGCAAACGCGUCCCGCCGAAUCGUUUAGUGUUUUUGUUUUUUUGUUUUCAUUACUAGAUGUUUUGUUUACUGUGUGUCGACCGAGUGUGAUAAGGUUUUUCGUACCUACUUACUUAACGAUUGUUUUUGGUUUCAUUUUUUUUUUUCAAAAAACCCGCCGACGCGUUUUAAAAACAACUCGGUGCGAUGGAAUGUUGAUUAAUGGAUAUAUGUCAAUGAAGGAUUUAACCGAUUAUGGAGACAUUAUUCGGUAGACAUCUACCGUCGUAUUCGAUUAGUUGAACGCGGCGUAAUGCUAGGACUCAAUGUCGCGGCGUUGUUGCUUUUGGCCCGGUCGAUUUUCGCAUAUUUGUUAGUGGUGUCUGAUACGGAUUCGCCGGGUCUGGUGCUGUUCGACGGCGGUACGCCGUUCUAUGAUCGGCCGGCCAGACGGUACUCGCUGAACCCCCAGAAAAGUGGUGACUUUGUCUCCAAAUUAUUACGCGUCGACCAUUACACCGGAUCUGUCAUACUCGAAAAGCCCUUAGAAUGCGACGGUUUCAAAUAUCCCGACGUGUUCACGUUCUACGUGGACUCGACGUCCAACGAUACACUCGAGUACAUGUCAGUGCCCCUAAGAAUGGUCAUCAAAGGAUGUGAAAAAAACAGUAAGUUUUUCCAUCCGUAGAUUCUCAAAUACUCAAAUAUUUGAAUUUAAUUAGUUCUUUAUGGUAUAUAGGUAGGUUACCUAUCUAUAUAUUACCUAUCUACCAAAUGUACCUAAUAGACAGUCUCGUAAAAUAAGUAGUUAAAAUAUAAAGUAUUGUCUAACAAGACAUUUAAUUUCAUUGGCCACCUAUUUCAUAAUAAUAUGCCUAUUACAAUAUGAUAUUACCUAUCUAUAAUUAUAUCCACAGUAUCCUUACUAGUAUUAUAAUUAAAUAAUGUAAGUACAUUUUCUAAAAACAUUUUUAUCAUAGGUAUUGAAAAAAUAGGGUUCAAAAAAAAAAAAAAAUGUGUAAAGUUAAAAUUUGUAUACAAAUGCCAAGUUAUCUAUUUCAAUACUAUGGAAAAAACCCUUAAAAAAAGUUAAAACACCAUUUUAUACAAAGUAUAUACCUAGUUACCAACCUAUUAUUUUAUUUAAAGUACUUAAUGAAAUCAAGUUAUUUUAAAUUUAUCACACUGGACUAUGCUUUUCAUAUAUAUGCUGUGUUUACAAACUUUACAAGUUUUAUGUUCAAUUAUUUUUGUUCAUAGUGAACCUAUUAACUAAUAAGGACCAAACCCAUUAUAUCAUAUAUUUUCCAACUUGCAAGUUACAUUAUUUCAACCAAAUUACCUACAAUCAUUUUUUUACAUUUUUUUAUGACUAUAGAUAUUACUAUUAUAGAUGGUUAUGUUCGAAUUUGGUAUACCUACAAAUUAAAUAAUUUCUUAAGUUGCUAUAUUCAAUGAACUAGGUAUAUUUUAGGUAUGUUAUAGAUCUGUUUCUAAAUAUAAAAAUAGUUAAAAUACUUUGAGUGAUUCAAAUGUUUGCACUGUAAAGACUAUACACAAAAUAAGUAGAAAAACUGCUAAGUAAAUAUUGUACAGUUUUAUUUAUCUAAUUUAAAUAUACAAUAGCUGCCUAUGUCUUAUAUUGCAUUCAAAUAUAGUUAGUUACCCAGUAAAAAGUAGUUUUAAAAUGAAUAAACCAAAUGCAAAAAUUUCAAAAUCUAAAACAAAUAACUUAUAUUGAUUUUUAAUAAAAUAUUUUUUAAAUUUCUUUGAGAAUCUAGGUCCAUUAAAUUAGCAUCUCCAAUUUGGAAUUUCAUUAAAAAAAUUGCACCAACAAUUGUUAUUCUAUUUGUAUGUAUUUCGAGACAUAUUGGCAAUCGUAAAUUUCGAAUUUGUACAUCACUCUGAACUCAUUAAAUUAUUCAAUUUGGUAGUUGAAAUCUAAAAACCAUGAAUUGGUAUUGAAACUAACCGAUAUAUGAAAAAUUUAGUUUUUAGUUUUUCAUAAUUAUGUGAAUUGGCCAGAGAUAAUACAUCAUGGUAGUGAUGGCUAGAGUAGGUACUUUAUAAUCCAAAAUCAUAUAUUUUAGUAAUAUUGUAUGAUUAUUUUAUAAAAAGUAAAAUAAAAUAAAAAAAUGUAGGUAUUAAUUAUUAUUGAUUUUGAUGAAUCUACCUUGCAACCAACUUUAAUUAUAUUACCACUGUAGUAAACAUCAAUUUUCACAGGUUCUGAGUGGUGUAUAAAUUCGGAAUUACAAAUGUGUAAAAAUAUAAUAACAAUUAUCAUAGGUACAUUUUUUAAAAUAAAAUACUAAAUUGGAGGUGCUAAUGUAACUGUAUUAAGUAACUGAUGUAACUGAUCAUCUAACUUAUUUUAAAAUAUCAAGUUUUUUCUAUUGUCUAAUAAAUUUUAAUAAAAUGUAUAUUAAAAUAUUUACAUAGAUAUCUUUAAAUGAUAAAAUCAGCCUGUACGGGCUUAAAAUUCCUGUAUUAAUCUAGUUUUUUCUAGCGUAUAAAAUUACAGCCUGAUUUGAAACUAUUGUUCAGUGCCUAACCCGGUCCAGCUUGAAUUUUUAGCUGGUGUAUUAAAAUCAAUAAUAAACACACAAUUUAAAUACCCUCAUGUAUUUUUAAAAAAAAAGCUUGGCCUGGAUUUAAAAUUUAGAAUAUUUUCUUUCUUAGCGAUUUUUAACAUAGUAGGAUAUUUUCCAGGGGGUAAAUCAAUAACAGAAAUCUGUAUACAAAUGUUUGGUAAUCUUAUCGAAAAUCUUGGAAAUUGGUGGGAAAAUCAUGGUAUUCUGGAAUCUAUUAUAGAAACAGAGCAGUAAUACCCUUUGAUAUUUCACUACCCCCUAUUUUUUUAAAUUUAAAAUAAAACAAUUUAUUUUCAUAUUUAUUUGAUAAUUGUAAGUAGGUAAUAAAAACAUGUAAUGUUAUAACAAUAAAUUAUAAUAAUAUAUAUUUUAUUUCAUUUCCUAGAAUACAUAAUAAUAUGAUUAACAAUUAGAUAUGAAAUGAUGUCUCCUAAAAGCAAUGCUUGUAGAAGAGACACACAGUUCUAUACUAAAAAUAUACAGUAAAAACUAAAAGACAAAAAUAAAUAAAUGUAUAUAUAUAUAUAUAUAAGCUUAUCUAUAACUAAAACGUGUAAAUAAUAAAAGAAUAAUAAAACAAAAAAUACAUAGGACUCAAUAAUAACAAAAUUUAAGAUUACAGCAGAAAUUUUUGUUUUUUUUUUUUUUUUUGUAGCUCUUAAAAUUGUUUAAACAGUGAACAUUAAUACCAAAUCUAUAACAUAUUCCAAUUCUAAUAUUAAACGGAUUUCUUUUUCCAAAUUCAGUGUUACAUAUGUGUAAUCUAAACAUAUUAUUACAACUUGCCAGGUAUGAUAAUUAUGAUUAAAAUUAACUUAAUCAUAGCUUAAAUGGUAUAAAUUUGAUAUAAAUAAAAGAUUUUUUGAACUGCCUCUGUCCGUGUUGAGAAUUUUAAUUUGAAUGCAUUUUUUCGAAUAAACAAAAAAUGUAUAUGCACUGAAUUAAUGAUUUGUCAACUAUCUACAAAUUUAAUUUAUUUAUGUUUCUUCACAUAAGUAUACUUUACUAGGUUGCCAAAUUGUUUUGAAAUUGUAAAUGGUAUUAAAGUUUAUUGUUUAAAAUAGGUUUGAAAUUGAGCACUUUGCACAGUGGGUUUUCUUAAUUUGUUAAAUAUAAAUAACCUAUUUGGUAAUUUAUUUUCAGGGAUCAGAUUUUACACUACUAAAAAUAAUAAAAAUAUACCUUAAAUUAUAACCUGACAAAUCUUAAAAUAUGCUAUAACAGUGAUUUUCAAACUCUUUUGACUAUGGCACACUUUGCUUUUCACAACUUUUUCACGGCACACUUAUCUUUUUUUUUUUCGUCAUUGUUUAAUAUUUUGCACAAAAUUAGAACUAAUAACAAAAUUGAUAAGUCAUACUCAAUUGAAUCAUAUUCAAUAGAUUUAUAACUUCAUACUUAACAAGCGAAUUACUGUAACCAGUGGUCUGUCACAAUUUAAGGAAAACUAAUUUUAAAAGACUGCAGUACAUCUAGUGAAUGCUUGCAGCAGCUAAUUUUAAAACUACUGAGCCGAUAUUAUAUUAAAAUAACAACAAAAAAAAUUAUAAACUUCUAUUUGUAAGUGUUAUGAACCGUCAAAUUCAUCAUUAUUGAUUAUGUUAGUGUCUUGCUCACAACAAUACUAACAGUGUCAUCAUUUUUUUAAUUUUAUUUUUUUUUAUAAAAUGAACAAAAGUUAUCACUAUGAAGUUAUUUAUUUAGAUAAAAUAUUUUUUUUUACUCAGUAAUAUGGCAAUUUUUAAUUGUAUCUAAGUUUUAAAGGUCAGUUUAUCUUGUGGUAUGUAUUUGUAAAGAGCUUAGUUGCUCAACAUGUCAUACCACAAAAGAAAACUCAGAAAAUUUAAAUGAUAAAUAAUAAUUUUUAAUGAUUUUUUUUAUAAUGCGCAUUAUUUUAACAGGUUCUGGAGUAUGGGUGCAUAAAACAAAUGCAAAGCUCACUGAGCUAUCUGUAUCCUAUAAUAAUUAGCCAGUGCCAUAAAAUCCCAUUAUACUAUAUAUUUUGUAUUAAUAUAUUAAUAAAGUAAUAAUCUAUCUAUUCAUUUGUGCCUAUAUGUUUUAUUUUUUAGAAAUUGAUUCUCUCUUAAAUUCUCGUAUAGAACAUGCUAAAAAAUGGUCAAGUAAAACACUAGUUUCAGUUGUCUUAUCAGUAUUAAAGUAAGUAAAUUUAAAAAAAAAAAACAAACAAAUUUAUCAUAAAAUGAAUGUAUUCUAAUGAUGUAUUAUAAAUUAUAAUAUUAUUAGUUUAAAAUCUGGCAUUGGUAUUUCUACGGAUGAUAUAAAUAAAAAAUGUUGGCGACAAAGUGAAUUUGUUGCACCACUCGGACCUUCCAUAAUUCCACAAAGUAUAAUCAAUGAUUGCCAAGUACGUUAUGUGGAUGUUAGUGAUAAUAGAUUUAGAGUGGAAUCAAAAAAUGGCGAUCUCGUUGUGGCUGAAGAUUUUUGUUCAACACUCGACCCUAUGUCUAUUGUUGUAAUGAUAUCUUAUGAAUGUGAUGUCAAUAGUGAAAUUGUAUCGCCUUCAGAACAUUAUAUUAAAGUAAUUUAAUCAACUAAAAAAUACAUAUGAAUUACCUAUUUUAAUAAAUAUAAAUUAUUUUUAGAUGAUUCUUUGGCAUAAAAGAAGUUUGACAGAAACUGGACGUGUACGAAGGGAAGUGGAGAUGGCUGACAGCGGACUUCAGUUUGAAAGAAGUUUAUAUGUUGCUAGUGUAGCGGAAGAACUUCCAUCUGGAACAAUUGUGUGUAGUGUUCAUGCAAGGAGUAUGCCUCCAAAUAAUAAUCCAAUUGAGUAUCAAAUGAGUCCUAUUAUUGAUACUAGAUCACAUGCAAUGUUUACCAUCGAUUCCAACUCUGGUUUGGUUACAACUUUGGUAUCAUUAGAUAGGUAUGUACAGCUAUGUUUUAAUAAUAAUUUAUUAUAACCACACAGAUUAUUAUUUUUCAUUAAAAUAAUUUUAGAAUUGAAAAAAAAAAGGAAAUUAAGAAUUAUUAAAUAAUUAUUUAUAAUUAAUUAAAUGUAUAAUUAGUUAUUUAUUAACAUUAUUAUUAUGAAAAUUAUUAAAUUAAUAGAGAAAUAAAUACUUAAUUACAAUUUUUAUAGUUUUUUUUUAUAAUCUUUUCAGAGAAUUUAUGGAUGUUCAUUAUCUACGAGUAGUUGCCAUAGAUACAUCAACUCGCCCAUCUACAGCUACUACAACACUUCAAGUAAAUGUUGUAGAUGCUAAUGAUCAUUCACCUGUAUUUGAAUCUGCUUCUAGCAUGUACGAAGCAUCAGUUAGGGAAUCUGUUUCAGUUGGAACUACAAUUAUAACCAUACGAGCAACAGAUCUAGACAUCGGACUCAAUUCGCAGGUAUGACUUAUGAUUUUGUCUAGUAUUAUUUUACUAUAAUUAAAAAGAAAAUGACAAAUACUUCGCGCGAUAGGUGGGCCACUGUUGUAGGUGAGAAGUUGAGAAGGUAAAGGGGAAAUUUAAUGUAUAUUUAUAUGCAAAAAUAAUCAAUGCUAACAAAAAACAAUUCUGAGCGGAGUUUGGUUUUACUUUUUGAAAGGCCAUUAAAUUAGGUACGAUUUUAAAAUUAUACAUUUUGUAUAUUUUCCAGCCUCUUUAUGAAAAUCUUGAAAAAAUUAAAAAAUGACCUUUCUAAAGUAUCACCCCAAUCAAAUUUUCUUUUAGAAAAGUUAUUAAAAAAGAAAAAAAAAAAUUGUAAAACCAAUACAUUCUUUGCUCCACUUAGAAUCUAAAAUCAUAUCAGUUAUUAUAUAAUGUUUGAAAGGGAAUAAAUGACUUGUAUCUGAGUAGUAAAAUGUUUUAACUAUUUUAAGAAAACAAAUUGAAAUUUUUUUGUAUGGAUAUAUUGUAAUGUAUUUAUUUACAACUUUUUUUUUCCAGAUUGAAUAUUCUAUUGAGAGUAUAUCUAGUGGUGGUUUGAAUGCUAGUUCAGAUGAGACUUUUGGAAUAGAUCUUCGUAGUGGAGUUGUCAGUGUACGACGAAAUUUAGACCGUGAAGUAUGUGAAGUUUAUACGAUUAUGAUUAAAGCUAGUGAUCAGGCAGCACCUCCAUCACCAAGACGUUCAGCAAUUGCUUCUUUAGUAGUGAAAAUAUUGGAUGAUAAUGAUAAUUAUCCGCAGUUUUCUGAACGCGCUUAUACAGCUAAUGUUGCUGAGGACUUGAAUCCUAAUCAAAGACCAGUUAUAGCCACAAUUAAGUAAGCUUAAAAAUCUUUAUAGUUAAUAUGAAAAAAUAUCUUAUUUAUUUAUUACUAUUUUCAAUAUUCGAUUAUUUCUUAAUAUAUUUUGACUACAGUAGAUGCUAUGGACAGCACUAAAUACACAUUUUUAAAUACCAAUAAUUUCUUACAAUACAAACAUGUUUUUAUUCUAUUAUUUCCAUAACAAAUACAUAGAGAUUUUAUUUUUAUAUUCAAUAUUUUAUAAAAUAUUUAUGUUUUAACUUACCUGAACUAUUGAUUAAUAAAAAAUAUAUUUCAGAGCUACUGAUGCCGAUCAAGGAUUAAAUGCUGUUGUUCGGUAUGCUAUAAUUGGAGGCAAUACACAAGGGCAAUUUUCUAUUGAUAGUCAAAAUGGUGAAGUGUCACUAGUAAAAUCUUUAGAUUAUGAAGCAAUGAGAAGCUAUCGACUUAUGAUAAGAGCUCAAGGUAUCUAACUAAUCUAUAAAGUAUAAAAUAAUCAUAUAUUUCAUAAUCACCUUAAUCAUUUUUUUAGAUGGUGGAAAUCCUAGUCGUUCUAACACUACUCAAUUACUAGUAAAUGUAAAGGAUGUUAAUGAUAAUCCUCCUAGAUUUUAUACUUCACUUUUUCAAGAAUCUGUGUUAGAAAAUGUACCUAUUGGAUAUAGUAUUGUAAGAGUACAAGCAUAUGAUGCAGAUGAGGGAGAAAAUGCUGCAUUAAAGUAUCGCAUAUCUCCAAGAGAUUUUGAAGGUGCUCCUGCAGAGAAUUUGCCAAUUACUAUAGAUGAAAAGAGUGGCUGGGUGUACACAACUCAUUUAUUAGACCGAGAAACUAAUCCUAAAUAUCAAUUUCAUGUCGUGGCUGAGGAUGGCGGUGAUCCACCAAAAUCAGCCACAGCAAGUGUUGUGGUUACUAUUCAAGAUGUUAAUGAUAAUGAACCGACUUUUAAUCCAAAACAAUACGAUGUUGUCAUUAGUGAAGAUUCAUCUCCGGGAACACCACUUACUACAGUAAUAGCUACUGAUCCAGAUGAAAAUCCAAGGUAUUUUUCUAGUUACACAACUUUUGUUUUGUUAUCAAUUGUUAUAGUAUAAUAUAUAUGUUUAUAUAUAUAUUUUUAUUUUAUAGAUUGCACUAUGAAAUAGUUAGUGGUAACUUGAGAGGAAGAUUUGCCAUCGCAACACAUAGUGGUAAAGGUCUAGUAACUGUUGCUCAACCACUAGAUUAUAAACAAGAAAAACGAUUUAUACUAUCAGUGAGUAUUAAUGAUUAUAUUUUUCAAUGCAGUAUUUUUUUAAUAAACAUUAAAAUUAUAUUGAGAUUAAUUUUUUAUUAUUUUUUAAUAUAUAGGUAACAGCAACUGAUUCAGGUGGUUUAUUUGAUACUGCAACCAUUUAUGUCAAUGUUACUGACGCUAACAAUUUUGCUCCAAUUUUUGAUAAUGCUCCAUAUACUGCUAGUAUUUAUGAAGACGCUCCAGUUGGUUCCACGGUUCUUGUAGUGUCUGCUACCGAUGGUGAUGUUGGCCAAAAUGCUUUGGUUAGUAAAAUUGUAUUUAAUUUAAAGGGACUGCAUCAUUUUUUUUUUUUUUUGCCACAUAAACAUGCAUGUUUACCCUCUUUUGGGUAAAAUCUCCCCUGCUUCAUAGUGGUUCAAUAAUUUGUUUUUUUCUGUUGGAAAGAUGAAGAUUACUUUGAGCGUAAUCUCGGUUAUAGAUUUUUUUUUCAUCUAGCUGACCAGAACGUGGGUCCUUAAAGAUUUUGAAGUGGAUAGAGUUUAAAUAAUGGGAUUCAUUCUUGGAGCACCUCGUCUUGAUUCAUUUAUGCUAUUGUAGCCCCAGGUUUUGUUGUGACUAUUUAAAUUACUAGUGACCACAAUAGUAUCUUAUGAAAUGUAUUAUUUACCCAUUUUAAAUUUGGAGGCUUAUAGACAUUAAAUUUGUGGAAGUCAUCAAUGGCUAACCCUAUUAUUUUCGUGUGUCCAGAUAGUGCUAUAUUUGCCUAUUUCUGACUUGAUGUUGAAAACUAGACCAUAUAUAUUUUAUUGUGGUAAUGAGCAAGUUCAAUCCAAGAAUUUGGUAAUUAUCAAUGUUGCUAUAGUUGAGUUAUAGGUUUCCUAUAGUGAAAAGAUGGUGGUCGUUAUAUUAUAGUGUUUGAUAGUGAAUGAUGUGCUUGAUUUGAAUGGUCUGUGUGUCCAUGACUGUUGUCAAAGCCCUUAUAAAGACUAUUUAAUGUAGGUUGUGAAAUAGAAUUUUGAAAAUCAUUUAUGGAAAUAAUUGUGAUUUUUAUUAAUCAAUUUAUUUUUUUCUUUGAUUCAAUGUGUUAGCAGUACUUACAAGUACGCUACGGCACUGUAGUACUUCCUUCUGUUGUUCAAGUACAGUAUGCCUGGUAUUUUAAAUGUUUUGUAAAUUAUGUGAGACUUCUGCACAUUUUGUUUUCAAUGGUUUAAGAACAAUGAAAUUAGUUAGGUGAUUUUAGUAAUUCAUUAUUAAUCAGAAAUUAUUAAAACUCUGCGAUUGCUUAACUAUUAAAUACAGUUAAGCAUAUGAAUUGUAUGCAGAAUAUAAAAUUGAUACUAAACCUAAAUUUUGGGUUUGAAGAAAUAUAGAAGUUUGGCCCAAAAACUUUUUUACAUUCAUGUAUUUUAAAUUAAAAUCAACCAUCAUACAGUUUCGACAUUUCGGCCUCCUUAACUGAUGGCUGUAUUUGUAGAAUGAAAAAAGAAUGAUAUCAUAAAGCUUUUUAUUUUUCAGAUAAUUACACAUACCUUCUAUCACAUUAAUAAUAAAAGUGCCGUACUUACAAAUAUUUCUAUAAUCUUUUUUUUUUCAGCCAUGAUUUUGAAUUGUUUUAUUUCUUCAAUAUUCAUCAUUAUUGGAAAAAAAAUUAUUACCAUUAUAUUUAUUUUCAAUUAAUAAUAAAAUUGCAUAGUCAUUUUAUAAGAUCUAUAUUUAUAUAGAAAAUUAUUAAACACAAUUUUUAAAACUUUGCUAUUGCAGUGAACAAACAAUACGAUACUUUCAAUACUUUCACAUUUGUUAAUUUUAUUUUAAGUAAUAAAAACGAUAAAACCAGGUUGAACAUAAACAAUUUGGUCUAUAAUUAAACCAAUAACAUUGCCUAAUAGAAUACGGAAAAGUUGUUAAACCUAUGAAGUAUUCAAAAUUGCCUAUCCUUUUGAGUUAUUGUUAACAAUGACUAGGGAAUCAUAAUUCCUAAAUUAUCAUCUUUUCUGAUAACAUAUUUAUAUUAUGUAUUAUAACAGUGAAAGUAAUAAUUUUUAUUUUCGGGGAAAUUUGACAACAUAAAAAUGUAAAAUUGCAUAAAUUAAUAUUACUUCACGUCAGAUAUUUAAAAAUGACCAUUCAAUUAUAAUCAAAAUACGGUAUAUGUAUAGAAUCAUAUUUGCUCUUAUAACUAUUUAUAACUAACACGAACAUACUAUUUAGGCAGUAUUGACGAGAAUUAAAAUUGCUUAAAUUUUACUCCUUAAUCAAUAGCCAUGGACAGACCCUUUAAAAAGUUUUGUUAAUACUUAAUGUAUUUAUUUAAUAUUUAAAUGUAUUUUAGAUCACCUAUUCGUUAGCGAGUGGUUAUGGUGAUGCUUCUGAGUUUACUAUAAAUGCUCAAAGUGGUGCUAUCGUGACAACAAAACCAUUAGACCGCGAAGUUCAAAGUGGAUAUUUACUUACAGUUACAGCUAGAGACGGUGGCAAUCCUCCACUGUCUGAUACUACUGAUGUAGAAAUUUCAGUUACCGAUAUUAAUGACAAUGCUCCACAAUUUUUCAACGCUUCAUAUUAUGGAUCAGUUUCGGAAGAUGCUCUUACUGGAACUAGUGUCCUUCAAGUAAAAAUAUAUUUUUUGUUGUAUACCAUUAAAUCUUAUUGUUCAAUAAAUGUAUAUUAUUAUUUAUCAUUUAGGUUAGUGCAUCAGACGCAGAUUCGGGUUUAAAUGGUCGCAUUAAAUAUGCUUUAGAUGAUGGUGUAGAAGCAUUCAUUAUCGAUCCAACAUCUGGAAUAUUAAGAACUGCUACUUCUUUAGAUAGAGAAAGUAUUCCUCAAUACAAUAUUCAUGUAUUUGCUAUUGAUAAAGGUUCACCAUCUCUCUCCACAGCUGUAUGUAAAUUCAAUUUUAUUAAUAUACAAUUUAUAUUAAAAUGUUAAAUUUUUCUAGGUACCGGUUAUUAUUCGUAUCGAAGAUGUAAAUGAUUCACCACCUGUGUUCGAAUCCGAUAAAUUAGUUAUGUAUAUUGCUGAAAAUUCUCCAGUAGGUUCUACUGUCGGGGAACUGUACGCUAAAGAUCCAGACGAAGGACUAAAUGCAGUUGUUCAAUAUUCUAUAAUAGGUAAUUAAAAAUUAUAUAUUAUGACUUAUGAGUAUGGCUCACUAAUAUGACUAUUCACAAUAUUUAUCUUUAUUUAAUAAUAAAUAUAAUGAAAUAAUUUAGUACAAUGAGAAUAGUAAUCUAUUUUUUUCAAAAUAUAGUUAAAAUAGAAUUUACAGUUAAUUAUUCAUUUUUUUUGAAGUUCCAUAAUGCUAGCCAACAUUUUCUACUAGAAACCACUCGUGAUAUUGAUAAUUUCUGGUAGGAAAAUACAUAAAAUAUUAGACAUAAAAUAAAUAAAAAAACAUACAUUAUAGUAUAACUAUUACAUUCAUUGCUUUACUUAAAAUCUAAAAAUUGCAUGGUAUUUCAUUUUCUUGUACUAACACAUUACUGUGUUAGUUUUUUACUGUUUUUUUAACAGUAUAAAAAUAUUUUAUGAUGUUAAGUUAUAUGAAUUAUAUAUUAGUUUUAAUGAUAUUUUUAAAUUAUAAAGGUGGAGAAGAUGCUAGUAGUUUUUCUCUUUUAAGAAGACCUGGACUUGAUAAAGCUGAACUAUUAACUUCUAUUGAACUAGAUUAUGAAUCAAACAAAAAGAAAUUUGAAUUAGUAGUUAGAGCAUCAUCGCCUCCAUUACACUCAGAUGCUCCAUUAACAAUUUACUUGACCGAUGUAAAUGAUAACGCUCCAAGACUUUCAGAUUUUCAAGUUAUUUUUAAUAACUUUAAAGAUUACUUUCCUACUGGGAUAUUUGGUCAAGUUCCUGCAUUUGAUGCAGAUGUGUCAGAUAAGCUUGUUUAUAAAAUUAUAUCCGGAAAUAAUGCUAAUUUAGUACAAUUAAAUGAAUCAACUGGUAUGUUGAUACUAUCUCCACAGUUAAAUACUAAUGUGCCUAAAAUUGCUUCAAUGGAAAUAUCAGUUACUGGUAAAAAGUUUUUUAUUAUUAUUAUUUUUUUUUAAAUUUAGUUAUUUUAUGGUUGUAUUUCUUUUAGAUGGAGUAAACGAAAUUAAAGCUACCAUGACACUAAUAGUGAGAUUGGUUACUGAUGAAAUGCUUUUUAAUUCUGUGACUGUUCGGUUAGCUGAUAUGACUAAAGAAGCAUUUUUAUCUCCAUUGUUGGAAUAUUUUACUUCUGGUUUAGCAGCAAUUAUUCCAUGUCCAAAAGAAAACGUAUAUGUAUUCAGUAUUCAAGAUGAUACAGAUGUUGAUGGACGAGUGUUGAAUGUUAGUUUUUCAUCAAAACAGCCAGAUGGUGUAUUUUACUCUCCUCAGUUUCUUCAAGAACGUGUUUAUUUAAACAGAGGAAUACUUACUCGUUUAUCAACUGUUCAGGUAAAUUUUUACCAUUUAUUUUAUUUAUUUAGUCAAUAAUCUAAUUCAAAUUACAGAUUUUACCAUUUGAAGACAAUUUAUGUGUUCGAGAACCUUGUUUGAAUUUUGAACUUUGUUUAACAGUUUUAAAGUUUGGAAAUGCUUCAUCGUUUAUUAGCAGUGACACAGUUUUAUUUAGACCAAUUUAUCCAGUAACUACUUUUGCUUGCCAGUGUCCAUAUGGUUUCACAGGUAUAUUUUAAAAUUUGUUUUGUUUUUAAUUAUUAUUGAAACGGUGUUUUCAUAUUAGGGAGUCAAAAAUAUUAUAUGUGCGACACUGAGGUUGAUUUGUGUUAUUCUAAUCCAUGUAAAAAUGGAGGUCAGUGUCAAAGCAAAGAAAGUGGAUAUUCAUGUCUUUGCCCACAUCGUUUUGUUGGUGAUAACUGUGAAAUCAACUUAAACCAUGACGAAUGUAAACCUGGAAUAUGUCAUUCUGGGGCCACGUGUACUCCUCUAAAAAGUGGUGGAUUUUUAUGUGAUGACUGUUCUCCUGCUGGUACUUUUGAACAUUACGAUGAAGUAUGCAGACUUCGUUCUCGAGGCUUUCCAAAAUCUUCAUUUUUGACUUUUCCAUCAUUAAAACAAAGAAAUCGUCUACAUAUUUCUUUAAAGUUUGCAACAUUAGAAGAAUCAGGAAUAUUAUUAUAUAAUGGUCGUUAUAAUGAACGCCAUGAUUUUAUUGCCUUGGAACUUGUUGAAGGAGGUCGUGGAAUGCAAUUUUCAUUUUCUUUAGGAUCAGAAAUCACUUAUGUAAUUGCCUAUCCACCAAACGGUGUAGUAAACGAUGGACUUUGGCAUUCUGUUAUAGUUUCUUAUAUAAAUCGAGUGAGUUAUAAUAAAAUCCAAUUUUUAAAAUAAUAAAUUAUUUACUUUUACAAUAAUUGUAUAUUUAUUUUUAAGAGUGCAACUUUGAGCUUAGAUGACUGUGAUGUUCCAUUAACUGUAAAGUAUGGCACAAAACUUGGAUAUGCCUGUGCUAAUGUUUCUGUCCAAAUUUUAGAAAAAAGGUAAUUGUUUCUCUACAUUUUUUGGAUAUAUCAGUAAAUAUUUAAUUAUUUAUUUUCAGGUGUGAAAUUUUAACUGAAAGUUGUCAUCGUUUUUUGGAUCUCACAGGUCCACUUCAAAUUGGAGGUUUGCCUUUGUUACCAGAUUCUACUAGUUUUCAAGUGAAAAGUAGAGACUUUGUGGGCUGUAUUGCUGAUUUAUACAUAGACCAUAAACUUCUAGAUUUGAAUAGGUUAGAUACCAAAUAAUACUAAUACAUAUUGUGUUAAUUUUUACAUUUUUGUUUUUUUAGUUUUGUAGCAGAUAAUGGUACCAUCAUUGGAUGUCCAGAACGAAAAUCAUUUUGUGUUGAUACCCCUUGUAAAAACGGCGGCAGUUGUUCUGACCAUUGGGGUACAUACAAGUGUAACUGUGUUGAAUCUUGGGGAGGAAAAGACUGUAGUCAUCGUAAGUAUAUUUAAAUACAUUUAAACUUAACUGUAUUUAUAAAUGUUGUAUGGUAUAAUAUUUUAUAUUAUAUUUUAGCUAUAAGGGCUCUUUGGCGUUUUUCGGGAGACAGUAUCGUAGCAUUCAACCCAUUAUUACGUACUAUACAAUUUCCAUGGUAUACAUCAUUAUCAUUAAAGACCAAGAAAGCAGAUUCUCCAAUUAUUUCUGUUAAUAUAGGACAAAAUACAACUGCUCGAAUUUACGUUAGUAUACAUUAUUUUAUAUUUAAGUAUUUUCCUUAUGAGUUUUAUAUUUUUAGUUGGAAAGUGGUUUCAUCAUUUAUGUUGUUGACAAUCAAAAAGCAGUAUUUAGUAGUGUCCAAAUUAAUGAUGGUGAUUGGCAUAAUCUGGAAAUUAUAUGGCAGAAUACAGGUGGUGUUAGAUUUGUUUUAGAUCAUGGAAUUCGAUCUGUUGUCAAAACACUUAAUGCUAAACUUCAAGGACAAUUUGUGGGAAAAAUUCAGUUAGGAAACUUCAAUGAAGAUAUAACUAAUAUCGACUCAAAUAUAGGAUUUGAAGGAUGUAUUAAAGUAAAUAAGAUUUGUAUAUUUAUUUAUUCUUUACUAGUUUUACUGCACAGCUUUGCCUGUGUCAGUAACGACAAAAAAUAAAUAAAAAUGUGUUUUCCUUUGACUUCAUCUCAGUCUCUGGCACUGCGAUUUUUAGUUGCGUUUUAAUUUGUAAAAAAUAUGGACAUACUUCGCGCAUGGGUGGGCCACUGAUGUAGGUAAGAAGUUGGGAAAGUAGUAGAGGGGAAAUUGAAUGUAUAUUAAUGAUAACCAUUGCUAACAAAAUAACGGUUCUGAGCGGAGUUUGGUUAAUGGUGUUGUUUUGUCAACAAUGUAUAUGUUAUAUUUUGGUAAAAUAUUUAUAUACGCAUUAAAAAUUUUCUUUAAUAAUUUUUGUUAAAUAUUGUACUUUUUAUCCAAUUGUCCCUAUUAACAGCUAGAAAAAACAAAAAAUGAACUGUCUAAAGUACUACCCCAGUCAGAUUUCCUUUCAGACAAAGUACUAUCGUUGUAAAUCUGAGCAAAAUCAUUUAUAAAAGUUAUUCAAAAAAAAUAAUAAAAAAUAAACACUGUAAAACCAAUACAUUUCUCGCUCUACUCAUAAUCUAAAAUGCAGAAAAUGAAAAACCAUUGGCAAAUAACCAAUGAAUAACUAUCGUGGUAACAUAGGUAAUCUAUAGAAAAACUUUCUGAGAAUCGGUUCAGCAGUUUAGAUAUAAAAAUAAACAGAUGGACUUUCGCAUUUAUAAUACUUUAGCUACCCUGUACGGUGACAAAAUUUGUGGAGUUAAAAAAUAUAUUGAUUUAACUAUGUUACUUCUAGAUUGGAAUAUAGUGUGGAAGGCUAAUGCGCUAACAUAGUUUUAGAUGUUGAUUUUUAGCUUAAGUGCACUACCUACUAAUAUUCUAACCCUUGCCCCACCUUUUAAGGAUUGAUUUUUAAAAUUUAAACUAGUCUGGAUAAACAGAUUAUCUAAGGCCAGAAGAAUUUGCUGCCAGGAACUGUUUCUUCUAGAGGUUACCUUACAAACUAACAAAUUGUUCUCCUUUAUAUAUUUGUUUUAUAAAUAAAACAUUAUUAUCUGUUGUUGGUAAUUAAUUAGGAUGUACGAAUUGGCCACAGUGGAGGAACUACUGUAUUAGAAAUUCCUGAAAUUAUGUUACAUGUUAGUGAAAAUUGUGAACAAGAUAAUCCUUGUAAUGGAAAUAAAUGCCCAAAACAUAGCGAGUGUAUACCUUCAUGGAACAACUAUACUUGUAAAUGUCAUACAGGUAAUGUUUGAAAAAAUGUACUUUUAAUAAAUAAUCAUUAUAUAAUAUAUAAUUUGUUUAUACUUUUGUAGGUUAUGUGGGAGUUUCUUGUAAAAGUGUGUGCGACACUAAUCCUUGUGAAAACAAUGCUUUGUGUAUUGAAGAUCGAAAAAGUUUACGUGGUUAUCAUUGUCAAUGUAAUGCAACAACAUUUAAUGGUAUGUAAUUUCUUAAAAACCAUUCUUGCAUAAUAUAUGAAACAUUUAUAAGGCAAAUAUAAUAUUUUUUUUCAGUUUAAUUUAAAACAAAAAUGAUUUUAAAUUAAUUAUAUUUCGCUCAAAUUUUUUUACAGGCGACUACUGUGAGAAUGAACUUAAAGAAUCAUGUCCCAUAAGUUGGUGGGGGCAUCAUCGAGGAGUUUGUGGGCCUUGUAAUUGUAUGGUCGACAAUGGUUAUAAUCCUCACUGUAACAAAACUACAGGUCAAUGUUAUUGCAAAGUAAAGUUUGAUUCUAUCUAAAAAAUAUUUAAUGACAAGUUUGAAAUGUAGUAUUAUUAAAUAUUAUGAUUUACUUUUUUAGGACAAUCAUUUUACUCCUCAGGAUUCUAAUAAAUGUCUUGAGUGUGGUUGUUAUAAUGUUGGUUCUUUUGAUAGAAUGUGCGAUCAAACUACGGGACAGUGUAAAUGUCGCCCAGGUGUAAUAGGUCGAAGGUGUGAUCGGUGUCCAAAUUCUUAUGCUGAAGUUACAUUAAAUGGAUGUGAAGGUAACUAAAUUCAAAAACAAAAAAUAUAUUGAAAAUUCAAUUAGAUAGAAAAAAUAUAUUGAUAUUUUUAUAACCUGUUCAGUUAUUUAUGAUGGCUGUCCAAAAAGUAUAUCUGGUAAUAUUUGGUGGCCUAGAACGAAAUGGGGUGACCGUGUAACCGAAAACUGCCCCAUUGGUUCUCAAGGUAAAGCUACACGACUAUGUCAUAACACAAUAGAUGGUUGGCAAUCACCUGAUAUUUUUAAUUGUACUUCAAAUGCGUUUAUAGAUCUUCAGAGACUCGUAAGUAUAUAAAGUUAUCUUGCUUUAAGAUCAAAUAUACAAGUUUUUGAUUAAAUGCAAUGUUAUAAUGAAUUAUGUAAAUAAUAUGAUUUUUAUUCAUUAAAUAUAAUUUAUAGUUGAAUGGAUUGGGAACUAAAUCCAUAAAAGUAACUACAUUUGUUGCUGUUAAUGGAGCUAGUAAUCUCCAUAAAGCAGUUAAUAGUACUCAGGUUCUCCAUGGUUCUGAUGUUCUUAUUGGCCAACAGCUUGUACAACAUUUACUAUCGCACGAAGGGUCUUUGUCAGGUUUGAAUUUGACUCAUAGUCAAGAUAAAGAUUAUAUAUGGGUUAGUGAUAUUUUUAACUUAUUUAUUUAUUUGUUUUGUAAUUAACUGUAAAUUGUAUUCAGAAUCUAAUCAUGGCAUCAAGUCGUUUGUUGGACUUGAAUGAAAGUGAUCAUUGGGAACGUAUAAACAGUUUAACAGCCCAAGGACCUUUUCAUUUAAUGUCAACAAUUAACAACUAUAUGGCUACUUUGUCUACUACUCAACACGAUACUUAUACUGAUCCAUUUGAAGUAGUUACUCCUAAUAUUGGUUAGUUAAUAUUCAUUGCUUUUUCAACAUGUUCAAAAUAAAACAUUUCUACAUUUUAUCAAUUUAAACUUUUUGUAGCUGUUGGAUUAGAUGUCGUUUCAGCAGAAAGUCUUUUUGGAUUUGAACCUCAACACGAACAGCCAGAUUUAUCCAAUUCUGCAAUAACUGAAGAAAAGGUCAAUUUACCUGAUUCAUCUAUACUUCAACCAGCAAUCCAAGUAUAUAUUUUAAAAAUACUUUAAUACAAAUCAUAUUUAUAAUUUAAAUUUGUAUUUCCUUUCUAGGUUUUGAGUUUAAAACCAGGAUCAGAAAUAUUGGGUUUGAAAAAUAUGGGUAGCCCUGUGGUUGUUUUACCAAAAUAUAACAACUAUCUUAUGGAUUCCUCCAAAUUUGAUAAACAUACCCAAAUAAUGGUACCAAUUGAUUUAUUAGGCAUUGAACCAAUAAGACAUGGUAUGACUACUACUAAGGGACAACUUUCUAAAACUGCUGCGGUUGUUGGUUAUGUUCAGUAUCGUACACUUGGAGCAUUACUGCCUUUACGUUAUGAUGAUACAGUUUUAAAAAGAUAUUCUGUGGAUCUUCAAGUGGGUUCUUCAGUUAUAUCAUUUGUUGCAACACUGAAUCAUAACAAUCCCAAAAGUUAGUUUUAUUGUUUUUACAACAUUUCAAUCAUUUCAAUCAUUAUUGUGUUAAUUUUUAAUAGGAAAACAACGGCAUGUAAAUGGUAAAGAAAUUUCGGAGUUAUCUGAUAUGGUACCUUUAGAUUCGCCGAUUCGUAUCAGGAUUUGGAUAAAUAAAACCCCAGUUACUAUGAGAUCUAACCCACAAUGUGUGCGAUGGUCAACUUCUAGAAUGUAAGUUUCCAUAUAAUUUAUUGAAUGACAAUAAUAUGAUUGUUUUUAAGUGUUAAGUAUUAAACAUUCAUAGUUUGACUUUUUAAAGUUUAAAAGAGUAGGUAACACAAAAAUUCAAUUAAGUAUAAUUUUUAUUAUUCAACUUUAAAAAUAGUAGUUUAUUUUAUGUAAAUUAUUUUGCUUUGAAUUUUGAUUAAUUGAGAUAUUUUAGAGUACUCAUGUAGAGAGACUAGGUCCCCUUACUCCCCCUCCCACUUAAAUCCUUGAUUACAAUUCUAUGAUAAAAACGGUUUCAAUUAAGUGAUUUAAAUUUAAUAAUAGUAUUUUUCACCAAUAACAAUUUCCUCUUGAUAUUGCAUAUGUUCAUAAUAUAAAAUACCUAUGUAUUUAGGAUACAUAACUAACUGUACUUAGGAUAGAAAGCUGUCCUAGGAUAAUGGGGACAGGUGCAGUCACUGUUGUAGAUGGGAAGUUGGGAAGAUAGAAUAUAAAUGGAAAUUUAAUAUAUAUCUGGAAGCAACAGUUAACCAUUGCUAGUGAAAAAAAAAAAAGAUUCUGAGUGGAGUUUGGUUGAUGGUAUUGCCUUGUGUCAUAUUUUUGUAAAAUAAUUACAUCGGUAUUAAACAUGUUUUAUAAUAUUUGUUUAAUAUUGUACCUAUUUUCUCUCUCAGUUUUGUUAUGUUUUUCACAUUUAUUAUAAAAACUCGUGGAAAAUCUAAAAAUUACUUCUCUAAAGUACCUCCACAGUCUGAUUUUCUUUCAGAAAUAGUGCUAUAACUAUAAAUCCGAGCAAAAUUGAUGGAAAAAAAAAAAUAAACAUCAUUGCAAAACCAUAAGUUUCGUCGCUCCACUCAGAAUUUAAGAAAUAAAAUAAUAUAAUUUUAUAUAUUCUGAUAUCACAACCAAAACAUUUUGGUCAACUCAUUUAUUAUAUCAUCAACCACUGUAACCAUUGAUAUCAUAAAUAUAUAUCAAGUAACAUAAAUUGAUGACUUAAAUAAGGUAAGAAUGGUUAGUAAUACAAACCAUAUCAGGAUAAUUGUCCCUUGACGAAUAAGUCCAAUAAGACUUGAAGUUAAGUUCUCAAAAAGUAUGAUGAGACUGACCAUAUUGUAUGGUUUGGAGUGUUAGGCAAAAAAACAGAACAGAAAAUGUGUGGCAGAGAUGAGAAUCCUUAGGUGGAAUCACAUUAUUUCAAAACAUAUAUAACCAAACUAUGUUCAGAAUCGUAUUUCGUUAUUAAUUAUUUAUCCUUGGACACAGUUAUUAAUUUAAUAACUAUGUAUCCUACCUUUUCCAUUUUUUACGUAAACAGUGUCACACCCAUCAGUGGUUCAUCAUUGGCUCUUUUAAAAUAAGUUGCAAUCUCUUAUUCUUCUUAUGUCCAAUGAUGGAUAAUUUUAUUAAUUGAAUACAUCAGUUAUACAUAAUAGUUAAAAUAUAAAUACAUGUGUUAUAAUAAAAAUAGUCUGAUGAGUAUAAGGACUAAUUGAGGGUAAUAAUAACUAAACUAUCCCCAGUGAGAGAAAAUCCUAAUUCUUUGGAAAAUAGAUAAUACAGUAUUAUUUAAUUAUUCAUUUUAAUGUUUAUAUUUUUCUUCUUUUUAAUAUAGUACUGAUGGUGAGUGGACUCGGGCUGGUUGUCAUACUGAGUUACCAGAAGAUGAUUGGUGGCAAAAAGAUCCUAUCUAUAUUAAUUGCACAUGUAACCAGCUGUCAACAUAUGCAGUCCUUACUGAUAUGGUUGAUGAACAUGUAAUAUAUUUUUCCUUUAUAAAUAAUAUUUUUAUAUUAUUAUUAUUAUUAUUAUUUUUUGAUUUCAGUAUAUAGUCGAAUAUUCUAAUUUGGAAUUAUUCUUAAUUUUAAUAUCAUUUGGAUUAGCAAUCAUUGCUCUCGUUGUGACUUGUGUAUUAUUAGUCGCUGUACGUGCAGGAACCAAUACAAGCUCAAUAUAUACUCAUUUUGCUUUAUGUUUACUCCUUACACAAUGUGUCUAUUUGGCUGCUACUCAAACCCGAGGGACUUUAUAUACUUUUGAGGUAUUUUAUACUAAAUAUAUUAUAUUAGUUCAAUUAAAUUUAAUAUAUUGAAUUUUCUUUUUAGAUAUGGUGUAAAUUUUGUUCCAUAACUUUACAUUAUUUGUGGUUAGCUACUAUUGGUUGGUCAUUAGUGGCCGCCCUGCAUCUAUAUCGAAUGUUAACCGAGCUAAGGGAUGUAAACCAUGGUCAAAUGGGUUUCUAUCAUAGUAUCGGUUAUGUUUUACCAGCUAUUAUUGUUAGCUUGUCUGUUGGAGUACGUAUCAAUCAAUAUGGAAAUUAUUAUUUUUGUUGGUUAUCAGUUCAUGAAUCUGUCAUUUGGAGUUUGAUUGGCCCUACUUGUCUCGCUGUAGCCAUUACUGUUAUUGUUUUACUUCUAUGCAUUAGAGCAGCAUUCACAUUAAAAGAUCAUGUGCUUGGCUAUGGAAAUUUAAGGUAAAAAUGAAUAUUUUGAAAGCAUGAUGUAUAUACUAGUUGGUAAUCAUGAUAUCAUUUUUAGAAGUGUUUUAGUCGUGCAAGUGAUUUGCGUGCCUAUAUUAGUUGGUGUUUGGUUAUUAGAAGUGGUCGUAGCAUCAGAACGCGAUACACGGCUCACAUAUACAUUGUGUGCUGCUGUAUGUGGUCAAGGUUGGCUUGUUUUGGCAGGCUUGUGUUAUUCCAAUGCAAAACUUCGAUGUGGAGUUCACCAUUGUGCAUUACGACUUAUUGGAAAAGAAAUACCUGAAAAAAGCGAACCAAACUCUGGGACAGCAGGACCUAUUUCACCACCGACAAUUAGAUCGUCUUUGUCAUAUCGAAACACGGGAGUUACAAAUACGGAUGGUACAAGGAGACCAAUUGGUAUAUCUAUGUCUAGUACCACUUCUAGAUCUACAACAAAAACUAGUAGUAGUCCCUAUAGGUAAUAUUAGUGUAAUUAAAUUACAUCCUUUUAGUUAGGUAUUUACUAAUCAAUCAUUUUUUCAGAAGUGAUACCCAGUUAAGGAAUACAUCUACAACGACAAGUAAUUAUGAUCAUUCGACGUCUGAUUUGCCGUCAAGUUUCCACCGAACACAACAUACAUCAGAUUCUGAUUCUGAAGGAUCAGGUGAAGGAAGGAGUUUAGACUUGGCUUCUUCUCAUAGUAGCGAUGAAGAUGAUUCUUCUCGCCAUAGAAGUCGUAGAAGUAAUAUUUCUUCUAACCGUCCCCCACCAUUUUUAUCAAAUAUAAAUGAGGAUCCAGGAUUGCCUCCAUCACUGAAUGUGAUUACAAAUUCACAAUUGUUCCCUAAUUUGAAACCUCUAUAUGCUCCACGAUGGAAUAGUCAGCCAUAUCCAACAGGUUAGAUAUUAAAAAAAAAAAAAUUUAACAAUAUUUGUUUAUUUUAUUUAUAACUAGCCGACCCGUCACGGCUUCACCCGUGAUUGGUUGUUUAAUUUGCCUUUGGAUAAUGAUAUAUAGAACUUUUUAAUGAAAUUCUAUCGUUUAAUAAUAUCGGCAAAUUAAUAUAAAAAAAAAAAAACGGUUAAUGAAAACGUAUUGAAAUGUUUCAAGCGGGAUUAAUGACAAAUAUAUUUUUACUAAAAAUGAAUGCAGAUACAAAAGAAAUGCUGAGUAAUUUACGGUUGAUAAAGAAUUUUAUAAAACUUCUGAGUAUAUGGCGUUUUUUGUUUUAUCUCCUGUUGAAAUUAAAAUCAUAAGAUGCUUCGGGUCCCCAGUUCGAGAAAAUCCCACGUAUAAUUGUCCAUGUGAAAAGCACUGUGUUCGAAGACCUACGCCAACGUACCUGUAUGUUUGACCUUGAGCUUUGUUUAUCGUGAUUGCCAAAGAAACUUUAACAGAGAAUUAAAGCCGUUUGAACGGAAACGGCAAGUCCGACGGAAUCACGGGAAUUCUUGGAAUAAAUGCAAUUUCUCCUUUUGCCGGCCCCGUAAGAAUGACGGCUCCUAUAACACUAUUCUGCAACGAUUUUAUUUGUCAUCUUGUACCGUUACAUAACUUCGGUGGUUGAAGAUUACGUAAUAAUGUAAUCGGAGUACCAAUUUUUAAUUUUAGCUUAUGGAGAGGAAAUCCCGAAGGAGAAAGAGAAUUGAGAAAUUAUUGUAGAUAUAAAUAUAUAAAGAUAUAGAUAAAGAUUAAUACGAAUAUUCGGUAUACAUGUUGUUUGGUGUGCGUGCGAUAAACUUCUCGGAACAAUUCGUACCUACACGCCGAUGUCAAACACGAUACAAUUUGACGAACAAAAAGGUCAGGUCGCGGGUAGCUGUAAACCCGCGGGCCGCCGUGCCGCACAAUACGUAUAUAAUAUGGGUAGACAAUUUUUUAAUUUUUCAAGAACUUUAUACUUAUUUUUUAUUGACAAAAGUGGUANGUGGUUUUCUCGGUUAGCGCGGUCGUAGAAAACCCCUUACAAUUUUAUAUAAUAGUAUAGAUAAUAGAUAGAUAGAUAGAUAAUAGUUAUAGUAUAGUAUAGUAUUUUUAUAAUAUGUAAUUGCACAAUGAAUCGCUGUUUCGUUGUCGAAACGCGCGUGUCAACCGAAAGGUCCGAUAAUGAUUUAUGGGAUUCAAUACGCGGAGUCACGCGUAGUUCUCGAUCGAGAAAUCCGUAUAUCUAAACACGCGCGUCCAUCGUCCAUGUGAACCUAGCCUAAAUGAUUAGUUAAUAUAACGAAGUUAUAAUAAUAACAAUAUAGUAUAGAUAUGAAUAUUGGGUAUACGUGUUGUCGGUGUAAGUGCGAUAUACUUCUCGGAACGCCGAUAUUAAACACUAUACAAAAAAAAGGUCAAGUUACAGGUAGCUGUAAACCCGCGACCCGCCGUGCCGCACAAUAUAGGUACAAUUGUUUUUAAUUUUUUAUGAACUUUUUUACUGACAAAAGUGGUACUAUAACCUUCAGCAGAGUGUCGGGUUUCAGCCAAAAAAAAUUUCAGCCAAAUCGGUCCAGUAGUUUUCUCGGUUAGCGCGGUCGAAGAAAAACCCUUACAAUUUUAUAUAAUAGUAUAGAUAAUAUUUAACAAUAUAUUUUUUACUUCUUAAUAUUUACUUUUAUUGUUUUCACUAAUCUAAUUACAUAGCAUUAACUGUAUUACCAAUAACUACAUUCAUGUGCAGUUUACAUGUCUGUACAGUCUAGUGAAAGUGUAUACACCUUACAUUUUGGUCCAAAUUAGUGCCUAACCUUCAACCACUUCACUGUCGGGAAACAUUUCGAUGUUUCUGUGAACAUUAAUUAUUUAUCUCCCUCCCUCGCCAUUGUAAUUUAACCUUUCUCUGAAAGCCUAUUUGGUACUUAAUAUCACCAACUCUCCCUUUUUCAAGGUAUCACUGUAAUAUGUUUGUCCAAAAUUGUCCAAUCUGAUUUAUUAUAAUAGAUAUAGAGACCUCUACAUUCUAUUUAAUAAUUUAAUAAUUUAGGAUAGCGUGGGUUUUGUUAAUUCCAACAUUAUUUACGUGUAUGCGUUGUAUAAAAUCGUUUUAAUAAUAAUUAAUUUUUUUCAGUCAAAGGAAAAUGUUGGGGGUUAAAUUACGGUAGAGGUUGGUAGUCCUCAUUAAUUUGUAUCUAUAGGUGUAAGAACAGUUAUAAAUUAGAGCCCCCAGGAGUUACAUUUUUGAAAAAAUUGAGAUAAACUUUCAUACUCUAUUUUAUACCAUUGGGAUUAAAUUUUAAAAUAUCUUGAUACGCGUGUAUCUUAAUUUUUCACCAUUAGGUCGAAUAUUAGUUUUUAUGAAUAAUUUUCAAAAAAAAAUAGCCCUAUUUCAAGACCUAUUUUACUCUUUAAAAUUUUUUUUUUUUAAGAAAAUGUUAAUUUCUUAUUUUGACAAAUAUAUAAAUAUUUAAGGCCUUUUAAAAUAUAUAUAACCAAACUUUUCUCCAAAUUGUUUUUGUUAGUGAUGUUUUACACGGUGUACUAGUAUAAAUUAAAUUUCCUUCUAUAUCCACUUAUUAUCUUAUUGUCCAUCCUUUUUUAUAUCAAUUUAAAAAAGCUGAUACUGUUAGGUGAGUAAUUAAGAAGGUAGGUAACAUAAAGUUAUUUAAUUUAUAUCUGUAAUCAAUGAUAACUCAUUGAUUUUUUACUUGCCAACUAUAUUUAAAAUUUAACAAACCAGGUACAUUGUUUUUUGAUUGAAUCAUUUCUGAUAUAAAACACGAUUCGUACAAAUUUAAAAUAACAAAAUAUUAAUGUCAUAUAUUUUACGUCUAUUGGUUUUUUCCUUUUAUGAAAACCCCUUAGAAAAUCUAAAAUCAUCUUUUUAAUGCAUCAAUAUUCUUUCAGAAAAAUUGUCCAACUUGAUAUAUGGGAACAAGUUUUUUUUUUCUAUAAGUUGUUUACUGAUAGGAAAAAUAUAAAUAAAACAAAUAGGUAAUCAAUAGAUCUUUCAUUAUGCUCUAAAUCUUAAAAAAAAAAACAAAUAAACAGUAAAACUAAAUCUGAAUCUAAAAAUAUAAGAAUUAUAAUAUUAUUUUGUCAAUAAUGAGUUAUACCUGUUCUUGUAAAGUCAUUUCUAUUCGUAUAUAACAGCCCCUUUCCCUCAAUGGAUAUAAAGUAGUAGAUAAUUGUAAAAGUCUUAUAUUUUACUUUUUCAUUUAAAUGUUUAAAUAAAUUUUCAAAUAUUACAAAAGUAAAUAUUCUCAAAUAUUUGAGUUCAGUAAAUCUUUAAAACAAAAAAUCCUUUGGAAUAAUUUGUUGUUUUGUUUACAAUAUUUGAUUACAUUGUUAUACAUGAAAUGUAAAGUUAACAAAUGUAUUUUAUUAUUAUUAUUAUUUUUUUUUUUUGAGAAAUGAAAAAAAGGAACAUUUUAAUUAAUUUUCUUGGUAUACGAGAUGAUAGUAUUGAAUCUAGGGAUCGUUGCUGUAUUUUUUUUAAAUUAUAUUUUAUAAGGUUAAAUUUUAACUUACAAAGAAAACUACUAUAUAUAUUUAAAAACAUACUUUAUUAUUUUAUUAUGUAUUUAAUAUUUAGUUCAGGAAGAAGACAAUGCUGUUGGACAACAUCGUUGGACAGGAUCAACAAUAUCUGAUCAAGAUAAUUCAAUUAUAAAUAAUCGCAUGUCUCUUGAACCACCACUUCUAAGUAGUGAGCACUUUAACUAUCAUCACAAAAGUUUGACAUUCAAUUCUCUAAAUAAAACAGGAUCAGAUUGUGAUGUUGACGAUAAAGCCAGUCUUGGGGACAAAUAUUUAUUUCCUUAUACAGGUAAUAUUUUUCUUUUAAACAAAUACAUUAAUCUUUUAUAAAACAAAAUUUUUUAAAAAUGUAUUGGUUUAUAUUUUAACAAUAAGUAAGAAAUUAUUUUGAAAGAUAUGAAGAAAAAAAAACCACGAUCUUUUAUUGUUAAAAUGUUAAUAAUAUUAAUACAUAUUUUUAUUAUCUAUCUAUUCUUGAAUAUUCUAGAUAAUUAACAUUAUUAUAUUUUAACUGCAAAAAAAUAAUAAUGAAUUACAAAUUUAAAAUCUAACUAGCUAAAUAGAUAUUGGCUCGGUUAUAAAUCUAAUACAUUGUGCUAUUAUUAUAGCUGAAGAAGAUCAUUGUUACUCUCCUUAUCGAGAUCUGUACGGUGACAAUCGCAGAGAAAGUGAAAUAUAUGGUAUAUCCAUGCCACCGCCUAUGGUUACCCGAGGAAGUGAGAAUGGAUCCUUACACAGUAUAGAUAAUAGGUUUGUAACUGCUCGAGCUUAUAGCCGACCAGUAUCACCGUCCACACACGCCUCCACAUCUACUCUUAAUUUACAAUCUAGACAUGGUUACACGAACGAAUAUGGCAUACAGGAAAUAUUAGAAUCCGAGUGAGUUUUUGGAUUGAUUUAUUAUUUAUUUUUUUUAUUAUUAUUACUGUAAUGUAAUAUAUUUCCAGAGCAUAUUUAAGAAAAAAAAACUUAAAUGCAUAGCUCUUAUUUUAAUCAUUUCAUUAUAUAAAAUAUUCUGAUUACACAUCAGUACACAAUAACUUAUAAUUAUAAAAUUAUUUUUAUUGCUAAUUUUAAUCACAGCUCAACUAAUUUAGGCUUAUUAAUAUUAUCAUUAAUGAUUAUUUUCUUCUUUUGCAUUGCUGCUAUGGUGUUUGGAUUUUACAGUGAAGAAGAAGUAAGUGUUUCUAUAUUUUAUUAAUCUAGAACUUGCUUAUAAAAUAUAAGUAUAUGAUAGUUUUAUUUAUUCAUAACUUUAUUGUUAAAUUCUAGUUACCAAAUUAUAAUUUCUAUUUAUUUGUAAGUUACAAAGUUACAUUAUUGGUAAAAUUUUAAAAGGAAUCACGCAGAUAUAACAUCAAAUCUUACCUUACCAAAUAUUUAGUCCUUAAAGUAAUUCAUUUUAUAAUUUGUACAUUUUAAAAAGUACUAUAUUGUAACAGGCCCAAUGUAAGGAUGUAGGCUCAAAGAAAAAACUUUGAAAUAAAUUAAACUCCGACUUGAAUUACAUAAAUAAUUUAUAUUUCCACACAAAAAUAUUACAAGUCCAAUAAUAAAAGUCUAAAUAAUAAUGAAUAGAAUGAUUCAAAAUUGCUUGCAUUUGGCAUGUUGACUCUCUGAUUAGAUGUUGUUUCGGAAGGCGUUAUAUAUGUGAAUUCUGUGCCCCUGGAACCUGUUGUUCAUAGUGGCUGCUAUCUAUAUUUUGGCCGCUGGAUUAUGGCGACUGUCAAAUUCAAUAAUUAUACAUGGUAUUUUAAUAUAUAUAUUAAAAUCUAGACCCGUUCAUAUAUUAGUAUUUUUGCUCAUAUUAAAAUUAGGAUACGGGUGGUGUGAGUCCAUGUGCCGAAACUAUAUUUUGGUACUGUAUAUUUUUGCAGGCCUACUGCGUCAGGCAGGUAUUUAGUUUCAUGUGUAGUGACUAUUACCGUAUGUUGCUCACACGUGCCCCUUGCAGGUAUCGCCGUGUGGGCACGUAAUAAUAUUAUUAAUUAAACAACAGUAUAGAUUUAUAUGUUGAAAUACUCAAUAUUAUAUUGUAUGAUUUUGUACACCAUAAUAUAGUUAUAACCUAUAACAUAAUAAGGAAUUAUAAUGUCAUUAACAAUUGAUAAAAGUUAAAUACAUACAGUAAUUUAAAUUGCACCAUAUUAUAGGAAGAUUCAAGUAUAUAAUACCUAUAAUACUUAAUGAUAAUAAUUAUUAAUUAUUUGUAUGAAUAUCUAAAACAAGGACAUACCUAGUAUUACAAUAAAUAUUAUUGUAAAUUAUUAAUUCCUUUGAUAAUAACUGUAUUUAUUGAGGGGAAAAAAUAUCACUAUCUGUCUUUUAAAACUUUAAUAUGUGAAACACUACAUAUUAGAUUCGGAAUGUAGUGAGUGAUCUAUUUAUUUAUUUAUUUAUUUAUUAUUAAUUAUUAAUUUAAACGGACUAAGGUCCAAUGACAAAUUUAACAAACGUAAAGCAAGAUGCAUUUCAAAAUAGAUACAGAUAAAGAAAUUUUAUAUUUAACAAUUAUUAUUAUUUAUUAUUUAGAUAGGCAACCGCCCAAUUACAAUAUAAAUUUAUUUAGAAUAUACAAAUAUUACCCAAAAUUAUUUUGUUACAGCUUAAGAAAGUAAUAAAUUAAAUACAUAUUGAACAUUAUAAUAGUUACGUACAUAUAGAAAAAAUAUCAACACAAUAUACGUUUACGAAUAUCAUAUACGAUAAAUCUAUUACACAGUAUUAUAGUUGUUAGUUUAGGAAAGUAAACAAUUUAUAUAUAAAAAAAGAUUAAUAUUAUACUUAUUUACUAAUAACAUACAUCUAUUUACGGGAGCAUUUUGACUAGUUCGUGAACUGAAACAGCACAUAAAAGGUAUUUGAUUGUCUGGUGCUACGUCUAGGAAUAGAGAAAUUUAAAUUGGCAAGUAGAUUAGGAAAAUAAAUGCUUCCAUUAAGUAGUUUAAAUAUGAAGCAGAGACCUAAUCUUAUUCAUCUUAUUUCCAGCGAUUCAAGGUUUUAAAUAUGUCAACAAUGGCUGGUAAGAGGAGUGAGGUUGCUGUAAAACGUUACAUUUAAAUGAUACUGUUCUCAGAAACCAAUUUUGUAUUGAUUCUAUAGCUUGUAUUGAACCUACAUUACUUGGUGAUCAAACUAUGGAGUUUUACUCCAGAAUUGAAUGUACAUAUGCGCAUUAUAAUGAUUUCAACACAAUUGGAUUUUUGAAGUCUGCAGCUUUGGGUUGGGUUAUAAAACCUAUGGAUGAUGCAUUGCUUUGCACAUGUGUGCAGUGAGUAUUAAAGAGGAGAGAUGUGUCAAAAAAUAUACCUUAAUCCUUAUUCUGAUGACCACAAUUGAGUUCCUAAUCGUUUAAAUAAUAACUAUGAAUAUAUGGGGAUCACUUUUUCAAAAAAGUUAAUGACUACAUUUUUUAAUAUUGAGAUAUAAUUUUGCUCACUCCAAAUACAGAGGUGGUUCAAAUUAUUUUGAAGGAUUGCAGCAUCAUUAGAUGUUUUAAUGAUACAAACAACUUUAAGAUCAUCAGCAAAUAAUAACAUUUGUGAAUUAAAAAACUUAAUGUCAUUAAUGAAUAAAUUAAAUAAGAGCGGUGCAAGAUGAGAUCCUUGAGGGACACCAGAAGUCACAUUAAAGUAAUUCAAAUAGAAAUGUUUUUACUUAACGUAAUGCUUCCUAUUGGAAAUGAAAGAAAAGGGUUUUGAAUACCUAGACAUUUUAAUUUAAAAACUAGGACAUUAUGAUCGAUUAUGUCAAAUGCUUUUGAAAAAUCCGUAAACACAACAUCUAUUUGAUGGCCUGAUUUAAAUGCAUCCAGGAUAUAAUGCUCGAAUAGUAGAAGAUUUGUGGUUGUAUAUCUACCUGAUAUAUAAAGCCAUGUUGUUUAUUAAUAAAUAUAUUUUUAAAUAGUGGGUUAAUUUUUUUAAACAAUACUUUCAAAUAUUUUUUGGAACAAUUGAUGAAUAAAAAAAAAAAUAUAUAUCACAAUUCAUAAAUAAAUCUUAUAAUUUAAUAAUUAAGCAUAAUUUAGAAUAGAUUAAUAAUAUAAUAACAAAAACAAUUCAAACAUAAAAUCUAAUAAUAUAGUUGUUAAAAGAUUCAAUAGAAUUAAAAUUAAAUAAAUUGAUUUUGGUAUCAUUAGCUAACCUAGUGAUUUUAAUUAAAGGGAGAUUUAUUAAAUAAUUGGUUUUUUUGUAAUUGUAUAUAAAAGGUGUUAGUAGAUUUAAUGUGGCAUUGAGGUACAUACAAAUCUAAAUAAUUUAAUAAUUCAGGGCUGAGUAUAUGACCAUUGACCGAUUUAUAUAGGAAUUUUAAAUCACUUAUAUUUCUCCUGACAGCAAGACUAGUCAUAUUUAGUGUCUCUAACAGUGGUUUAUUAGGUGUAUGAGGUUAACGUGGAAUAUCACAUUUGUACCAUAUAAAGUGAAGGAAGCAAUUCUGUAUAGCUUCAAGACAUUGAAUAUGAGUAUUUUCUUAGGGCGACCAGACUAUCGAAAAAUUAUAUUCUAGAAUAGAACAUAUUAUUGAAAAAUAUAAUGUCUUAAAUGUAAAGGGGUCAGUAAAAUCUUUACAUGCCCUGCUUAUGAAUCCUCAAAUAAAUGAUGAUUUCUUAAAAAUAUUUAAAUAAUGUUUAUUGAAAGAUAAAUUUGAACUAAACAUAAUACCUAAAUUAAGAUUUUAAAUCACUCGUCGAAGCAAAAUAUCAUCUAAAUAAUAAUUAUAAAGAACGUUAAACUUGCUUUUACUAUAUGUUUUUUUUUUAUUGUGUACUAGGAACUUUUCUAUUAGAAAUCUAGUAUCGAUCUUCCUAAUGUAGCAUUUUUUCUGAAAAGAAACUUUAUUUAGUUUAAGCAAUGGAAGAUCAUUUUUGUUUUUCCAAGCAGUUUUCAUAAUAGUUGAGAAAAAUUGUAAAUAUUUACAACAUUUGUAGGGUAACUAUUUCAAUGUUUAUAAUUUUUUCAAACUAUGUUUUUGAGCAAAACCGAAAAAAUCGCAAUGUAUGCUUUAAUGGGCAAUCUUUUUUAAAUUUUUUUUUUUUACAACAUACCAAAAAUAAUUAUUUUGAUAUAAUACAAUUCCAUAUUAAAAUAUUAUAAUAGUGCUUCUAAGUAAGAAUAGGAAUAUAAUGUAAAAACAAAAAAAAUAUUACUUUUUGGAUUAAAAGUUGUAUUAAACACUAAAGUCACGGUAUGAACAAAUGACAAUGUAUAUAGAAAAAUAAUAAAAUAAUAAAAAUUAAUAAACAAUAUUGCUUAAAUAAUUAAAAUAAUUAUUUAAGUGUGGUUUACACUUGCAUAGUGAAAUAAACAAAAAAAAUUAACUUUUUUCUACAAACUCAAAAUUAAACAAAUCAUUAACAGUUUUGUAUCUUAUAAGACUGCAUAAACUCAGUAAGGUAUUUAAAGGAUAUGUAAAAACAUAUAAAUCUAGUCUUUAUUUAUAACCAAACUUCACUAUGAAUCGUUUUUCGUUAGCAAUGGUUUAUUACUGCUUACGGAUAUAAAUUGAAUAACUUUAUAUAUCCUAACCUAACUUCCCACCUACAACAGUGGCACAUCAAUUCUCCAGUAUCAGCUCUCUUUUUAUUUUAUUUUUUUAUGUUUCCCUAUACACACUCCAACCAAAUCAAUGGUCAAUUUAUUUCAGUUCCAUUUUUUAUAGCUGAAAUAACAAAACUUCUACAAGAUCUACCAACAAACAACAUUCCAUUAUAAUUAUAACUUCUUACCACAUUAUUACAUUAUCAUUUUGGACAUAUUCUGUUUUAAUUUUACUAAAAUUCUAUUGUUAUUUCUAAUAUGAAAACAAUAUAUUAUAUGUGAAAAAGUACCUACUACAAAACAUUCAAAGACAGGUUGCUUUAUUUUUAAAAUGUAUUAUUAAAUAAUAUUGUUUAUCAUACUAUGCAUAAUAAAUAUAUAUUUUUUUUUUUUUUUGCCAUUAUAGGAAGGAUUCGAGUGAAACCCCAGUAUAACGUGGUUCGAUACAGUACAAAUUAUCUUAUUAUGUGUUUCUUUUUUCCCUUUCAAAUUGUGUAAUAUUUAAUUCUGUGCAAUAAUUGUAUAUUUAAAAAAAACAUUGCUUCCUUCUAUUUUGACUCCAUAUUAUUUUAUUAUUAAGUAUAAACAGUUUUUAUGGUCUCAAUAUUUUACUAUUAUUUUUGUACUUAAAAUUUGUUUAUGUAAAUAUUUUAUAUCUAAGAUAAGCUUGAACUAGGGUUUCCUAUUGUUAAUUAGUGUAGCGGUAGACACAAUUACAGUGUAGUAUAUUGCAGUAUUUUAUGUAGAUAGUUAAUAGUUGUAUACUAAUUUUUGACAGCUAAAUUUGUACAUAUAUAUAGGUAUAUUUUAUAAAACCAUUCAAAUGUGCAUUUCCACAAUUGUGUAACCUUUAAUUUGUUUAAUAUAAGACUAAAUUGUGUAAAAUCAAUGAAAUUAAGAAGAAAUCAAUAAGAAUAAGUAAUAACCUCUGAGAACCCUAGUCAAAGCAAAGCCCAGGAACCAAUCAGCCACGCUUCCACUGCCAUGGACCUUGUACAGACAAACUUACUUUUUAGGAGUAUAAUAUUGAUAUUAUUAUUAAUUAUCUCAUUUAUAUCAUUCCACACAAUCACACAUAUCUUAGUAUAAAAUUAUUCCAAUUUGAUCUAUUUAUUAUAUUUUAUCUUAAGUGCCAUACUGCCGCGAAUUGGUCCAAUCGUAUGUGAUACCUAGGCCUAGGUAUAUAUAAUCUUUAAUCUUUAUCCAUUUUGACGUUCAUAAAAGUGCUCUGGUUAUUUUAUUAUCACGGUUAUGAUUGUUAGAAAUGUCAUAUAUUUAUACAUACUUUUUCAGAUUGUUGCAUAUUUUUGAAUUAUAACAAUGUAACAUUGUGCUCAACUGUUAUGGUCCAGCAAAAAUUUAUUCGAUGAAAUUAUUGUAAUAAUAAUAUAAUAUAGUAAUAUACUAUUAUCAUAUUUUGUAAGUUAAGAACACUCAAUUUUAUUUGUAGUCGAGUGAAAAUCGUGAUCUGUAUUUUUUUUUUUUUUUACUUUUAUUUUGACAUUCCAGAAGAGUUGUGAUUUUUUUUAUUUUUUAAAUAAAU